CAACGAGACCAUGGUGAUCGAGGGGGAGAUGAUCCUUCCCAUCCUCCGCGACAUCGCUCAAGGCGUGCGCUUCCUUCAUGCAGCAGACCCGCUCAUCGUCCAUGGCGAUCUCAAAGCACAGAACGUCCUGGUGGACUCAAAGUUCCGAGCCAAGGUCGCUGACUUCGGUCUCAGCCAGAAGAAGCAGCUGGGAGCUUGCGGCACUCCCUUGUGGAUGGCCCCCGAGCUGCUCAACGGAGGGACCAACACUCCGCAGACCGACGUGUAUGCCUUCGGCAUCGUGCUCGCAGAGGUGUACAGCCGCAGGGAUCCGUAUGAGGGAGAGGAUACCAGGACGGUGCUGGAGGAGGUGGCCGAUCUCAAACGGCCGGUGGACAAGCGUCCUGCCAUCCCUCCCGCGUGUCCCUCGGACGUGGUGAGCAUCAUGAAGGACUGCUGGCACAAGAACCCUGUCUUCCGCCCUCCGUUCGAGGAGGUCGAGCGCCGCCUGAAGGCUCUGGAUGCUCAGCAUGCCGGGCCUGGAAAGUCGCACGAGGAGCUUCUAUACGACGUGUUCCCGCGUCACGUCGCCAUCGCUCUGCGCGAAGGUCGCAAGGUCGAGCCUGAGCGCCGCGACAUGGUCACCAUCUUCUUCUCCGACAUCGUCGGCUUCACAACCAUCAGCAGCACCCUCGACCCCGUCAAGGUCUCCAACAUGCUCGACCGGCUCUACUCGAUCUUCGACCGCUUGUCCAGCACCUACGGCGUCUUCAAGGUCGAGACCAUCGGCGAUGCGUACAUGGCGGUAACCAACCUGGUGGAGGACCAGCCCUUCGACCACGCCUUGAGGAUCGCUCGCUUCGCCAUCGGAGCCAUCAAGGCUGCGCAGUCGACCCCCGUCGACCUUGACGAUCCUUCCAAGGGCACCGUGCAGAUCCGAGUCGGCUUCCACUGCGGGCCAGUGGUGGCCAACGUGGUGGGGACGAGGAACCUGCGAUACUGUCUCUUCGGAGACACGGUGAACACAGCUUCGCGCAUGGAGUCCAACUCCGAGGCUCUCAAGAUCCACUGCUCCGAGCGAGCUGCCGAGGUGCUGAAGAAACAGGCAGUAGAGACGGAAGUUCACCUGGUCCCUCGCGGCACGAUCCAAAUCAAAGGGAAGGGAGAGAUGAAGGUGAGGAGGCGUGUUGCAGUGCGGGAGGUUUCGAGGAGGCUGACUGGUGGGCGCUGCAGACGUUCUGGGUGGAAGAGCGGAAGAUUUCGACCACCAUAG